AUGCGCGACGUGGCCAAGUACGAUCCAUAUUUUGUUCAAGGAAGAGAUGCGACUGGGACAGUCGGCCUAUCCACUGAACAAAAGCUUACAUGCGCCAUGAGACAACUCACAUAUGGGGUCACAUCCGACUUUUUUGAUGAUUACAUGGAUAUUGCAAAAUCCACUGCCAUCGAGAUUUUGGAACACUUCAUCAGAGAAAUAUGGAAUGUGUACCAUGAGCAUUACCUCCGUCGACCAACACCGGCAGAUCUGCGACGGCUUCUCGACAAGGCAGCAGAAAGAGGAUUUCCAGGAAUAAUCGGGAGCCUCGAUUGUUCCCUAAACGAUAUUAAUGUCCUUGGACAAUCACCUUUGUUUAAUGAUGUGUCUCGUGGUGAAACUCCUCAGGUGAGCGAUGAAGUACAAAAUAGGCAUUAUGGGCAAUGUUAUUACCUUGUUGAUGACAUUUACCCAAAAUGGUCCGCAUUUGUUCAAGCAAUCAAAAACCCGAGGACGUCGCAGACAAAACAUUUCACAAGGAUGCAAGAAGCAUACAGAAAAGAUGUGGAGAGAGCUUUUGGUAUUCUUCAAGCUCGUUGGGUAAUCAUAACAGGGCCAACUCGUGGAUGGAGUAAUGAGAAUCUUCAGUUCAUCAUGAUGACAUGCAUUAUCUUGUAUAAUAUGAUUGUUGAAGAUGAGCAUGAUGAAGAUGCAGCUGAGCCAUUUGAUCCGAAUGACAUUCUCACCAUACCAAAAAAGGCACAUAUAUAUGACAGAAUCCUUGAUCAAGACACCUCUGUUCAUCGCAAUCCGAACAUGCUAAAUCAAUUCAUGCAUCGCUAUUGGGAGGUAAGAUGUCCAGUGAUGAAUAAAAACCUCAAGGAUGAUCUAUUUAAUCACAUGUGGAGCAUGAAGCUGCAAGCUGAUGAGAAUGACCAGUGA